UCCACAGGUUGUAGGCUCAGCUGUUCCCUCCUCUGCAUGAUACUGAAUUGGCUUCAUCAGAGCACAGACCUUAGCUGCAGACAGUCCUCACUGGCUUCCAGACUGUCAUCAGUUUCACCAUGGAUUCUCUUGUUGCAGCAAACACUAAAUUUUGCUUUGAUCUUUUCCAAGAGAUAAUCAAAGAUGAUUAUCAUAAAAACAUCUUCUUCUGUCCUCUGAGCCUCUCGGCGGCCCUUGGCAUGGUCCGUCUGGGGGCCAGAAGUGACAGCGCACGUCAGAUCGACCAGGUGCUACACUUCAAUGAAUUUUCCCAGAAUGAAAGCAAAGAACCUGAUCCCUGUCUGAAAAGCAAAGCACAAGAAGUGCUGGUUGACAGCUCUCCUGAAGAGCAGAAAGAAACGACAGGGUCUCUGAAUCUGCAGGCCGCGUCUUCAGGAGAUGAGAGCGCACUGCUCAGCUGCUACUUCGGGCAGCUUCUCUGCAAAUUAGACAGGAUCAAAGUUGAUUACAUUCUGAGUAUUGCCAACAGGCUUUAUGGAGAGCAGGAAUUCCCAAUCUGUCCGGAAUACACAGAUGGUGUGAUUCAGUUUUACCACACGACGAUUGAAAGUGUUGAUUUCAAGAAAGACACUGAAAAGUCCAGACAAGAGAUUAAUUUCUGGGUUGAAUCUCAAUCCCAAGGUAAAAUCAAGGAACUCUUCAGAAAGGAAACUCUUACCAAUGCAACCGUGCUGGUGCUAGUGAAUGCUGUUUACUUCAAGGCCAAAUGGGAAAAAUAUUUCGACUAUGAAAACACAGUUGAUGCACAUUUCUCUCUAAAUGAGAACGAAAAGAAGACUGUGAAGAUGAUGAAUCAAAAAGGUCUAUUUAGAAUCGGCUUCAUAGAGGAGCUGAAGGCACAGAUCCUUGAAAUGAGGUAUACCAAGGGGGAGCUCAGCAUGUUCAUCCUGCUUCCAUCUUGCUCUGCAGAUAACUUGAAGGGCCUGGAAGAGCUGGAAAGGAAUAUCACCUAUGAAAAGAUAGUGGCCUGGAGCAGUUCUGAAAAUAUGUCAGAAGAAAGUGUAGCCGUCUCCCUUCCCCAGUUCACCCUGGAAGACAGCUAUGACCUCAAUUCUAUUCUACAAGACAUGGGCAUCACGGAUAUCUUUGAUGAAACAAAGGCUGAUCUGACUGGAAUCUCUCCAAGUCCCAAUUUGUACCUGUCCAAAGUUGUCCAUAAAACCUUUGUGGAGGUGGAUGAAAAUGGCACACAGGCAGUUGCAGCCAGUGGAGUUGUCGGCAUGGAAAAGGGCACACCAUCCUGGGUGACAUUUAAUGCCAAUCAUCCUUUUCUCUUUUUCAUCAGACACAACAAAACCCAAACCAUUCUCUUCUAUGGCAGGGUCUGCUCUCCUUGAAAGGAGCACACUGUAUAGUAAUUGGGAGCUGGAAGAAAAUGGCAAUGCAGUCUUCUCCUGUUAUAACAUGGGCAUUUGUGUUUUUGCUAAUAUCUAAAGCUGGCCGAAUUCCAUCGCAGCUCCAGGCUCCCUUCUUCCAGGCAUUGGCCGGCACUUGUCCUGAUCUUUCUCUCACCCUGUAGCUGAUUUUCAAGGAUAUAAAUUCACCCUCUGUGACCUGAAGGUCAAUAUAAUUGAGAAUCAUAUUGACUUUGAGUGACCUACCUCCUUAUGAAGGAAUCCUGAAAGUUCAAGUCAUUAGACCACUUCUAGGAGACAGCAAACUCAGAAAACACUUUAAUAUGGUGGCUAGAGAAAUGUUUAAAUGGAGUGUGUUUUAGAAACUCAACUCUGUUUCCAUGGCAGUUAAAAUCAUGGCCAAUCACUGGGCAGCAUACCUUGCCUCUUCUUCCAUCUUCUUCAACUGCAUGGAAGAUGUUUUGUGAGGUGCCUCUUACUUGGUAGAAAGCAGGGCUUGGGGUGGAUUUAGGUGAUAGUUCAAGAAUGUAAGACUGCCUCAACCAGCUCUCAUUUUCAUGGAUGAGGAGAAUGGUAUUUGUCUUGUGAGUUUGACAUUGACCCAAGAAAGUGGCAAGUGGAUUUAAAAGAGGUUGGUUUCAGUUUUCCUUAGUGAGUCUCCCAGGCCACCAUCGUGAAGCACUUCCCUCUGUCUCUUCCUCACCCCUUCCUCAGAGAAUUCUCACUUGCAGUUACCCCUAAAUACCCAGCAUGUGAGGUGGGGGAAAUAAGUGUUUCCCUCACUGUGGACCACUGGGCUCCCCAUUCCCUUCUCUCAGUACUCUGGCCACAUGGACCCAUUUGUCCUUACAGAGGCCUCAUGCUUGGUCAUGUCCCGAGAGCAGGCCUCGGCCUGGGUGUGAUGCACAUGGAAACCCUUGUCAGGAAGGCUAUUGGCUUUCAUAUCAAGCUCUGGUCUACUGAAAGCCUGAUGUCAGAGUGUUCAAGACUCUAGGACCUGGGACCUUUGUUCUCUGAUGUGUUGGUCUGAGUGGUUGAUCUCUGCCUUAGCUGAAUGCUCUGGAAUGACCACUGACAGGCCUAACUCGAGGAAUUGGUUAGUCUCUCUUCUGUGGAGGUGAAUUUCUGGUCUUGGUUGUGGCCCAGUUUCUCUGCCUUGCCCGAUGACCAUCCUCUGCCCAGUUGCCACUGUGUUGGUCAGUGUGGCUGUAGCAGUUUUGGCAGGAGAAGGUAGGUAAACCUCACCUGCUCUCAUGCUGGCCUCCUACCCCAGUGCUCCUCUACGCCAGUGAUUUCUUUGUGCGAAGAGGGACAAAUUUCACAUUCUUCAUACAGUUUUGUCAUUGUCAAAGCUUGUUUAUGGUAUUAAAAAUUUCUCAUAGGUAAUGUGAGGCAGUUUGAAGCAUUACUUCUAAGUUUUUUACCCAGAAUGCACGUCCCAUGGGUCACAUUUGUCUCAGAUAAUCAAAUCAGUCUCUCUUGUGGUUCCUUUUGGGGCUGACAUUUUAAGGCCUGGUUCCAUGCUGACCUGGCAUCACUGAGGGACACAGCUGGAUAACCGUGACCUACAUAGAGGUCUGGCAUGGUCUGAAAUUGCUUAUGUUCUAAUUCUUUUCCCUGAUAAACACAUUUUCUCGUUUGUAUUGGGAUUUUUCAGAAUUUUAAUCAUGAGGGGAAAAUGUAUGUAUUUACAAUGAUGAGAAAGAGUGAGAUUCUUAAAUUUUUCUGUACAUCAGUAAACAUAGUCUUUACUAAUCUUUGAUUGAUUAAAAUGUUUCUUCUUAGUGAAUAAAGCACUUUUGUCAUUAGUUAA